UUUCGGCGCGGCACGGGGGUCGCGCAAGCGCGUUGUGUCGGGGGCGGGCGAGAGAGCGUGGUUCCGUUGGGAGCGGGCUGCAGCCGCCGCCCCCCACUCCGCCACGCCGCGGGCCUGACCUUGAGCUCCCUCUCGGGGCCCAGAGCCUUAGGGAACGGGGCCACGCCUCAGCCCCCAGCCCGGGAGAGCGCCGAGCUGCUGGCCACUCAAACGGAAGGCCGGGCGUUUUCUCUCGUGGCCUCCCCACUUGCUCCGCUGCUGCGGUACUGACUUGUGCUUGGCUUCUUGCUUUUAGGUCCCCUGGCGCCGUGUCCCGGAGCGGCUGCGAUCGCAACCAGACGUCCCCGGCACACCGGCGCCGAGGCCGGACGGCCCUGCCAGCGUCGUCGAGAGCAUUGAGGGCUCUUCAGCGGCGUCAGCCCGGCGAGUUUUGGCCUGGCACAGUGGCUCCGCGUAACUCCCACGCCAGUAAUGCAGUGAGUUUGGAAGCGUGGCCGGGGAGGGGCUCGGUGCUGUUGGCGGGCCGCUGAGCCGGAGGUAGUAAUCUGGGGUUUGACAUCGCAGUAGGUGAUCGGCUGGAGAAACUAGUGGACGAAUCCAUCAGCCUUCUGUGCUGACUGCAUACCUUCAGGGUUUGACCUAGUGGGUCACCUGCCAUCAUUUUGAAGGCCAUGGCAAUUUAAGCAGGUAAGGAGAAUUGAGAUGAACUGUAGCAAGAAAAACAGUAUGAUGGAUUCAGAAGGUUCUGCCCCAAAGAAGGCAAAGGAGUAUCUAAGCACUGAUGUAAUGGCUACCUCUGGAAAACAUUAUCUUUGUGGCUGCUGUGCAGCCUUCACAAAUAUAGCAAUCACUUUUCCCAUCCAGAAGGUCCUCUUUCGACAGCAGUUGUAUGGUUUGAAAACAAAGGAUGCAGUACAUCAGCUGCAGAAGGACGGGAUUCGAAAUCUCUAUCGUGGUAUCCUUCCUCCCUUAAUGCAGAAAACAACAACACUGGCUUUAAUGUUUGGCUUGUAUGAAGAUGUCUCAUCCCUGCUCCAUAGCCACACGAAUGCUCCUGAACUAGUCACUUGCAGCAUGGCAGCAGUGCUUGCAGGGACCACAGAAGCUGUUCUUACACCUUUUGAGCGAGUUCAGACUUUGCUUCAGGACUACAAACACCACGAUAAAUUUACAAACACUUACCAGGCUUUCAAGGUACUGAAAGUCUAUGGGGUGAGAGAGUAUUAUCGGGGACUGGUGCCUAUUCUGCUCCGAAAUGGACCCAGUAAUGUACUUUUCUUUGGCCUACGGGGACCUAUUAAACAGUGUCUGCCUGAAGCAACUUCUUACAGCACUCAUUUGGUCAAUGACUUUAUCUGCGGAGGGCUGUUGGGUGCCAUGCUUGGAUUCUUGUUUUUCCCAGUGAAUGUUGUAAAAACUCGCAUGCAAGCUCAGAUUGGUGGUGAAUUUCAGUCCUUCUCAAAAGUUUUUGUGAAGAUCUGGCUGGAACGAGAUAGAAAACUCAUCCACCUUUUCCGAGGAGCCCAUCUGAAUUACCAUCGUUCUCUCCUGUCCUGGGGCAUAAUCAAUGCAACCUAUGAAUUCUUGCUAAAGCUGUCAUGAAAACCACUAUCUUCCUUCGGCUCUUCUGUUUAUGUGUUUGUUGGGACAUACAAUGUCACUUAAUCCCAGGAAACAGUGCCUGUGUAGUAUGAAAGGUCAUUAGUCUUGGCCUUCAAUAUUUAUGGAGUGAAUGGUGAUGAUUCUAAACCUUGGUGCAACUAAGGUGAACUUUUAAAAUGAUUUAUUUGCUGGCAGGUGAGUUUUCCCAUAAUGGAGCUACUAGACAAAUAAAAGAUUUAAAACAAAGGAAAUUUAAAAAUACUUUUAUUAGUCCAGCAGCUUAUUCUGUAUCAUUCCCAAAAUUUUGUAACACUUUGAUAGAAUGUCCACAUUUGAUCCAUUGCCCACACUGUAGAUCAUAAAAAUCAAGGAUCGGCUGCUGAAAAUGAUUCUUUUGCCUAAUAAACAUCAAAACCUCAAUUUACAAACUGUAUUUCAUAAUGUUUUAGAGUCCUAAGUACUUCCUACUGUUUAAAGCUAAAAGGACAGAUCCAGAUGGGGAUAACUGAAGUUUAGAACUUCAAACUUAAACUAAGCCUACGUAUACUGCUUUUUGCCAGCUGUUUUGAUGCUUGGGUUUCAGAUGAGUAUUUCAUUCAGCAGUGGUUACCAAAUGUUUUAAUUUCAGUGUAAACUGACUCCAGAGUGGAAUCUGUGUAUAUGUACAUGUGUGCCUUCAUGUGAAAAGGGAAAAGUGGAAGGAAUGAAAUGGCAAAUCUACUAAAGCUUUAAAGUGUCCUUCCUUGUUAAAAAAACUUCAACUUCUAAACAUGGAGUUUGUUCUGCUUUUUGUGGUUGGUUGGUUGGUUUUGGUUUGGGGGAUUUUUUUUUUAUUGCUGCUUUUUCUUUUACUUGCAGCUAUGGGGCUAGAAAGAAGAUGGCCCUUUCUGUAAUGCUUAUGAAAUGAGUUAGCUUUCUGCAGCAGAGAAAAUAGUUCACAAACACAGCUCUUUAUACUGAGUUAUCUUGUCGAUUGCAAACUUUUGUUUCGUUUGAGCUGUGGAAUAAUGGAUCACAAGAAGGUACUUUAACCUGAAGCUUGGUGUUCUGUCUACUUGAUACAUAACUCUUGAUGGUUCUGUAAGGCAGAAUUGUAUAGCAGCAUUGACAAGAUGAGGUUUCUGGGUAUUACUGACUUCAGUGGAGGCCUUUAAGUGUAGCAGAGAUAACAGCCAAAGAUUACUUUAGAAGCAACUAUUUAGGAAAGAUACAGUGUUUGGAGAUGUGUUUAAGUCUUCUAUAGGUGACUAUUGAAAAAGACUUACAGAAAUAGGAAGAAUUAUGUGUCUUACAGACUUGGGAGUUGAGAGAGAAGACUUGAGGCCUUAGAGAAAGGGACAGAAAAGCAAGCAUGACCAUAAAACAGAUGAAGGUCUCAACAAAAAGCAUUUGAUUUUCCUGGGGGACUUUAUGAAACUUUAUAUUUAAAAAAAUAUUUUGAAUGAUAGGGGGCAGGAAAGCUUUCAAAAACUGGUCUGAAUUGGUCUUUUCAUAAGUUUUGAAUGGCUAUUACUUUUUAAAAUUUGAGUUUUCCAUUUGCUAAACUGUCCCAAAACAUUGAUUCUAAUCAGUGUGUUGUAAUAUAGUCCCUAGCUUGACAGUCAGAAAUGCCCAGGCACAAGUGAGCAUCCUGUAUCUGAAUGUUUUGAUCAUCUGUAUUUAAAUAAAAUGUUUACUGAA